CAAAACCGCGCCGCUCGCGGUAAAUUUAGAACUCUAUGACACUACUUUCGCGUUCAUUCAGUCUAUGAACAUUUUACGUACGUGAAGUUCAGUGGGAAACAGAAAAUAUGACUUUACAAAGACGUGCUAGUUUUCAAGUGUACAGACACGUGGACUCCAAUACCAGUGAUUCGUCCGGGUCAUCUAGUUCUUCAAAGAACUCGGAUACUCCUUUGCGAAAAUUUAACCGUCUGCUCCGCGCGUCGGUGUCUCGCCACUGGGCCUACUUCCGAAGGGACAGGCCUGCGCUGCGGACCCGCGGGCGCUCCGUGUCGGACGCCGGGCUCUGCUCCAUUGUAGAUGAUGAUCCCGAACUGGAUUUCCUGACGUUCCCGGCCGUGUCGCCCCGCCGCUCGCUGCAAGCGUUUGGCACCCGACCAAGCAGACCCGCGCUGUUCAUAACGUCGGCGGGCGGGUCGAGUUGCGCGGUCGUCGGCGUCGAAGAGGCGAGCGACAGCGACGAGCAACAUACGCGGCGGCAUCUCCGCGUGCCUACACCGGCGCUACCCGGACAGUCAACCGGAAACUUCGCAUCGGGGGCAGCGGGUGGCGGGUGCGGCGCCCCUCGCUCCGCCCCCGCCACCCCGCUGCAGCUUGAGCCUCACCCCCGCACUAAGCAUGACAAACAUGUAGUGAAGCCACUGUCAGGCUCGGCGCCAUCCGUGCGCGAGCCGGCCGACGCCGUGGAGGCCGAGGGCGGCAGCAAGCAGCCCAGCAAGUCGCGCCAGAAGAAGUUCCAGCGGCACUUCCCGCAGGUCGGGCCCGAGGAGCGAGUGCUCAACUACUACUCAUGCGCUCUGGUGGGGGACCUCUUGCUGCAGGGGCACCUCUACAUCACCAAGAACUACUUCGCCUUCUACUCCAACGUGUUCGGAUAUGUCACCAAGCUCCUAAUACCAACGACGUCAGUCCUCCGCAUCACCAAGGAAAAGGUGGCGCGCAUCAUCCCCAACGCGGUGGGCGUGUGCACUCGCGACGAGCGGCACGUGUUCGGGUCCCUGCUGUCGCGGGACUCCACCUACAAGCUGAUGACCCACGUGUGGAAGGCGGCGAGAGUGCCCGAGCGAGCGGCGCCCACUCCACAGGAUUUACGCGCCUCAGAAGUCGAGCUGGACGUAACGGACUCCCCCGAAGACGACAGUAGCAGCGCCGGCGGCGACCACACCCCCGCUCCCCCCGUCCGGAGAGAGUCGGAAGCCAUCAUCACCUCAGCGGGUGCAGCGGUGAUCCAGCCGGCGCUGCUGACCGGCGCGCCCCGGUGCCUCCCGCGGCGGGCGGCGCGCUGCGGCCGCCUGCUGCUGCUGCUGCUGGCGCUCGCGCUGGCCUGCUCCGCCGCGCUGCUCGCCUACAGGCUGCACCGCGUCACGCAGGACGAACAGGACCCGCUGGCGGCGCUGUCGGGCUCGCAGCUGUACGGCGAGCUGGUGCGCUGGCGCGCGCGGCUGCACGGCCGCGCCGCCGCCGAGCUGCACGCCUUCCUCACCACCAACCUGCUGCUGCUCACUAAGGUGCGACAAUCUCUAGAAGCGCUAUCUGGCGUGAUAUUAACGGACAUGGCGCACACCACCAUGAGCGACGUUCCCAACGAGACCGCCUUCAGUUAGCCCCUGGAACCCCGGGUUCCCGUCGGAACGUAGGACAACUCAAGCUCAGAACGGGCCGUUAUAUAAACAAACAUGUUUGGAUCCAUUUCUGAGCAAGGUCAGAAGAAAAAGACACCCAUAUUUAAAUAAAACGUCAGGUCAGAUGGAAUGUAAUUAUUCAGAUGCUCUGAAGACAUCAAUCUGAUGUGCUUAUGGAUGAAAAAAGGAGAAAUCAUCUUUAAAAACAAACUUUAAGAAUAAUAUUGCUCAGAAAACACCUCAAACAUACUCGUACAGGUCAAAAUAGGGGCCCGAGUAAUCUACGUCAACGCUUAGGAGAUACAUCAUAAGGGGCGUGUUUUUGAGAUUACGAUUUGAAGUUAAAUAAUAAUAACAAAAUACUGCAGUAACCCAGAAAGGUAAUCGAGAUCUCAAAAGGAUUUAACUGUUAAAAAUAUUAUCUGCGAAAUCACGAAAAUAUGACCCGGGUUUGGCGAAAAGCUUCAUUUUGUCUUCAUUCCAAAGGUGAAAGAAGACCUAGACUGAUGGAUUAUGUGUUAUUUUACGCUUAUGUUGAAGGGCAGUGUCGACUGCCGUGUUAUUUAUUUGUAAUUUAAUAUAAUUUAUUUCUAGAAACCAGUGUGUGUCGCAGGUGACACCAAUUAUAUUCAAAGCAUUUCUUUCAUAAACAAAGCGUGCUGAAGCUUUAUCCAAUAAAGAAAAGACACGCAGAAUUUAUGUUUCAAAUAAACGUGCAAUAAUGUGGAUAUGAAACUAUGCCCUGGAUAAUUAAUACCUAUCCAUAAUUCCAUCCAUUGAAUACAACAAAAUAUACUGUUUAAUGUUGAUCGUGAAGCAGUCCUACGGGCAGUAUUUAAGUUUUUAUCAAAUCAUUCGUUAUACUAACUUGAGCGUUUCUUUUAUUUGUUGCCAUUUUUAUAUAUUGUGACCUUUUUUACAACUUUUGUGUUAUUUCUAGUCAGGAUCGCGAGCCCUUUUCAUCCUUAUAGGAGAAAAAAAGUGUCCUAAAAUUCCCAUACAUUUUUCAAACUUUCCUUUUUGUUACCGCCGUUCAAAUUAUAUGGGGCAAUGGUAACACAAUAGGAAAAAAACUUUUUUAUCCCAUUAGGAUCGAAAGAGCUCUUAAUUCUGAGUAGAUAUAAUACAAAAGUGGCAAAAAAAGGUUACAAUAUAAAAAUGGCACAAAAUAAAAGAAUUACUCACUUAGCCCUUCGUCUGUAAUAUUUAAUUUAUUGGUAAAUAUGUGAUUAUUCAUGUAUGAUAGUAUAGGUUUAUUGUAACCAGUUUGUAUGUCUGCAAGGCAUUGUCUACGUCAUAUUUGUGUCAAACACAACAUUUAGAUAAGGGUAGGGUGUUUGGGAUAUCAUCAUAGUCACAAUUAGAUUCAACUAUACCGCGUCGAACUAACUUAUUUACACACUAACACUUCAGUACUAAAAGUGAUGUAAAAACUACAAAUACGUUUAAAGAACAAUCGUUCACUUGGUGUAUCGAUUUAUACCUACUAAACAUUACUUAUAUCGCGAAUGUUGUCAUUAGUACAGUCAUUAUAGAUUUUGACCCGUGAAUAAUUAGUUCUUGGAUUUUUUUUUCGUAGGUCCCUCGGGGGGGUCACUGGGAGUGUAAAUUCAAAAAGUAGGCUUAAUCAGGCUCCUGCGUAUAUUCAAAAAAUGGUUUUUUUCCAAAAUAACGGUUUUUCUUCAAUAACUCGGCCAUUUUUGAUUUUACAGUAAAACCGUAAGGACAAAAAUUGUAGGAAAUUUGAUUCUCUACAAGUUAGUCCAGUCAUUAUAUCCAAAAAAACCGACCCUUCCCGUGAAUAAUCAGUUCUUGGAUUUUUUUUUCGUACGUCCCUCGGGGGAAUCACUGGGAGUGUAAAUUCAAAAAGUAGACUGAAUCAGGGUCCUGUGUAUAUUCCAAAAACGGUUUUUCUUGAAUAACUCGGUCAUUUUUGAUUUUACAGUAAAACCGUGAGGACAAAAAUUUUAGAAAAUUUUAUUCUCUACAAGUUAAGUCCUCACAAUUUUUCUUCUAGGAUCGAUAGUUUGGAAAUAAAAUUUGAAAAAAGCGACAAAUUCAAAAUAUUUUCAACAUCUCGUUUAUUUUCAACUUUACGACAUAAAUGAAGAGGACUAAACUUGUAGAGAAUCAAAUUCUGAACAAUUUUGGUUCCCACCUUCUUUCCCCCAAAAUCGAUAUUUUAGAAAUUAAACCUGAAAAACGCGACAAAUUCAAAAUAUUAUCAUUAUCUCCUAUGUUCCACGCUUUACGGCAUAAAUGAAGGGAAACAAAGUUGUAGAGAAUCAAAUUUUGAACAAUUUUUGUCCUCACGGUUUUACUGUAAAAUCAAAAAUGACCGAGUUAUUCAAGAAAAACCGUUUUUCGAAUAUACACAGGACCCUGAUUCAGUCUACUUUUUGAAUUUACACUCCCAGUGAUUCCCCCGAGGGACGUACGAAAAAAAAUCCAAGAACUGAUUAUUCACGGGAAGGGUCGGUUUUUUGGAUAUAAUGACUGGACUAACUUGUAGAGAAUCAAAUUUCCUACAAUUUUUGUCCUUACGGUUUUACUGUAAAAUCAAAAAUGGCCGAGUUAUUGAAGAAAAACCGUUUUUUUGAAAAAAAAACCAUUUUUCGAAUAUACGCAGGAGCCUGAUUAAGCCUACUUUUUGAAUUUACACUCCCAGUGACCCCCCCGAGGGACCUACGAAAAAAAAAUCCAAGAACUAAUUAUUCACGGGUAGGGUCGGUUUUUUGGAUAUAAUGACUGUACUACAUGUCGUGUUGUUGUGUGGUGUUGUGACGUUAGUUUUAUACUGUGUUCGUUCAUGUAUUCGGGCUGUAUUAAGAGUCUAUGGUUCACGCAUCUAUGGUUUUGCAAGUCACUCGUCUUGAGGACUAUGACUCUACGAUUUAUUUUCUCAUUAGACCUCUUUCAUAAUAAUUUAAUUUUGACUUGUUAAGAGCAUUGUAUGAUCAAUUUAUGAUUUUCUACUAUUUUUAUUCUUCUUUGUAUUUUCAUUUUUAUUUAUUUAUUUCAAAAGUUUAGUUCGCCGUGGUAAAGUAAGAGCAUUUACUGUUUUUACGUAAUUGUGAAUGUGAUAGAUCGUUAGAGCGAGGUGCUAGUAAUGUUAGGGUAGGACUACAGACAUUCCCACAGAUAAGGCAAAUCUAUGAAUAAAUGACGGUAAAGUGAUUUUAUUACCCUCGUUUCAUCUACUAAAAUAAUCGAUCAAAAGCUACGGUUUGUCCACUUCGUCAUUUAACCCAAUGAGUAUUUUUCCUUAUGUUUUGAAACUACAUAUAACGGCGGAUUGCCAUGCCGUACGCAAAAACAAACUGUCAAACAUUCCAUACAAGCAACUUCGACAAACUACGAUUAACAGUCUAAUUUCUACCACAAAAAAACUCAUUAGGUCAAUUGAUUAUUUGACACCGAAGGGGCUCACAGUUGAAAUUAUUAUCGAUUUCUUUGGGCAGUUCAGAUCAUCAUAACAGCUAAUACAAAUAUUAGCUGUUAUGAUAAUCUGAACUUUCUAGCUAAGACAGCAAGGCUGUUAUUUGAAUGAAUUGUUUCGUUAGUACUCUGCCAUCGCAAAUGAUUUCGGUUUGAGUGUGUUCGCAUUUCUUGCCAAUUCAUGUUGAUUGAUUUAUUUUAUUCAUAAAUCUUGUUAAAGUUAAUAGAUCUUUAGUAUCGAGGCAUAUAAAUGAGCGUCAGUUAUCUAAAAAUUCCAAAUAUAAACUGCCAUAAUUCUGGCAAAUAGAAGUAAAAUCUGGCUAAUAUGAACGUGUGGAGCACAGAUAGAAAAUAUGCUUUUUAUGCCUCGGUCUAUGAAAUAUGAAAUAGUCGGCUAACAACAAAAGCUCAAGCCAUAAAUAAAUAGGUAGAGUUAGACCAAGAAAAGUCUGCAGCGAUUUUGACAGCACACGCAGUGCAAGUGUUAUUUUAAACGUCAAACUUUUAUGACACUAUGACAUAUAAAUAACCCUAGCACUGCGUAUGCUAUCAAAAUCGCUGCAGACUUUUCUUGAUCUAACUCUAUUAUUAUCUCGAUAUCGUACUAGAUACGAAGGCAAUCAUUUGCUAUUGAGUCUUUGUUAUAAACCGACAACACACCUGCAUUGUCAACCUAAGUUUAAGAUGCGGAACGUUAAUUAAUUAAGUAAUUUUCGACAUGUUUAUUAUCUUUUUAUAGUGAAAUGUUAUCUCCUGUUAAUUAGGCUCGGACUAUAUGUAACGGUUAUAUUCUAGUCUUCGGCGAAGAAGCUCAAGGUGCAAUUGGUGAGUUACUUGCGUACUUAUUGUUAGGUUUCCUUUUAUGUGACAAGCUAAAUUGUAUGCUUCAUUUGACACAAAUCGGAAUAAGGCACUUAAGGCAGUAAACGUACUAGUGCUCGACAUGCUAAUGCCCAAUAGAUGACACCUUGCUGCCACCUCUAUUGACAAUGACUAAAGUUUCAAGAUGAUAUAUAUGUACUGGGACCGCGUCGAGCACCAGUACGUUUACCUUAUCUGAUAUUAGACGCGGGCUAUUUUUGUGUCGAAUUGACAUAGUUCAGGUUUCAGGGCAAAAAUAAAACUUUUAUAGGUCCAAACGCAAUAUUAUUACAUUUAGGCUAAGCAUUUUUCACUCCGAUUAAUGUAUGACAUACGAGUAGCUAGACUGACUUCAUUUUUCCGGACACAUUUACAAACUUAGUAAUUUGAAAUCACCGUGUGGCCUAUAAAUAUGUUUUUGCCCUAACAACGGUGCAAGAUUGGUAGUGCAUUUUGAAAACGGGUUUAUUGUUAUAUCUUUAUGUACAUAGCUCCUUAUCACUUAAUUUCCCUUAAAAUAAGUAUAAGUGUACUCGCCCUUUGCAACAAUCGUGAAUUUUAAUGUUAUUUAAUCAUUUAGUUACACUAUAAUCAAGUGCUUUCUUCUAGUUAUACUUGGUGUAUCUGUGUUUAGCAAAUCGCCGUUGGUUUUGUAAAAUAUCGCUCACGGAAGAUAUUUGUUAUGGAAGGCCUAAUUUUAUUGUACUAGGUUACCGCGGUGCCAAAGUUUGAGCAAACGAAACAGUUACCCGCUGCACUGGGCCCUAACAUUAGGUUUGUUACAGUAGAAGCCUCUUUGAGCAGUGCCCUAUCACAAAGAUUUUUAUUUUCUUACCAAUAACUGGGAGGUCUCCGCUGGUUGCGGUCCCCUGGCACACUGAUUGAGGUAGAAUGAGUCGCUCAUAACAAGAUAGACCUUAUUUCAAUAAGGCAGAGGCAUAUAAUCGCUUACGUAUAUAUUUUCGAGUUGGUAAAAUGUCUCUCGGGUUCGGGUGAAUUCGCGUUGACGUUUGGACUGAGGAUGUCAUCGCCAUUCAAAGUAUGUCUGAAAGGUCGCAUUUUGACCGUAUUUGCCCAAAGAAUCGGUUGCAUUUGUUUUUCAGAAUAGAAAAACAAAUGCUGAACCAAAUUUGCACAAAAACGGCCAAAGACAUUUUGACAACUCGCAACAACUUUCAGUUAUUUCUUUGUGAUCAGGGCACAGGCACAUUGCAAGUCCAUUUGUUCGCUUCAAUUCCAUUUAAUCCCAUUUCAUACGAGUCACGAAGGAGGAAUCAUUAAUUUUGCCAAAGACAAAACUAGACUAGUGGAAAUAUCAAAAAGUAGCUUAGUGAGGUUUGUACAAUAGCUAGGUUGUAGGUAGGAUAAUGUGUUUUUUUUUUUUUUAUGUGACAUUUUUAGCAAAAUGCACCACUUUGCUGGUUAUUAACAGAGUCGACUUUUGUUUGCAUCUUUGUUUUUAAUUGACAAAGUGCUACGUUUUGACUGGAAACUUUUAUGAUGCGUUCGGUUUUAGUGGGUUGUAGUUUUUUAAUGUUCCUGUUGUUAAAGAAAAAAUGAGAUAGGUAAUUUUAACUUAGAUAUUGUAAAUUAAAUUAAACACACCAUUCAUCAAUAAAAUUAACAAAAAAUAAAUAGUUACUAGUAACAACUCACUAAACCCAAACAAGCAUUGUGCAAUGUGUUAGUGUUGCAAAUGUUUUAUUAUGUUGGUUCAUUUCUACAGCGUAGGAAUUGUUAACUUGGUUGUAUGUUCGAUAUUUUCUGUAUCUGUUUGGAGUUGUGAUUCUUUUAUUGUUUGUUUAUUGUAAAUAAUAGAUAAAUGAGUUUAUUGAA